CUGCAUCACACCUGCACGUACUACUUACCACUUUGCCACAGAUGCAUAUAACAAAGUUCACAAAUUUGUGAAUAAUCUUACAGUAUAAUGUGUGUUUUUUUACAGGCAGAAAAUUCAGAUGAAGGCAUCAUUGAUGUAACUGAAGCUUCUGCUCUGUCUUUCUCAUCUGUUCAGCCUUCAGUUUGUGUUGAGAAUACAUCUCAGAGGGAGAAUAUGAGCAGCAAAAGCACAUUUGCUGAUGAUCACUCACUACCUUCAGAAAGCCACAUUUGCAGAUCAGAAUCUGUCACAGCUAAGACCAGUGUAUGUGAGGGUACAUAUAGGAAUUAUGUAGAUCUUUUGGAUACUGGAAGUCUUUCAGACGAUUCAGAUUUAAAUGAAGCCAUUUCCCGAUCUCUUGUGGACAUUCAACCUAUGCUGGAAGAAAGCUGUUCAUUGAAAGAAAUACUUAAGCCCCUUGAAAAUUCACUCAGCAGUGAAGUUGUUCGUUACAAUAUUACAAGGAGAAAUGUUUGGGAUGGUACUGUCCGAGCCAUGAGCCGACCUAACUUCUCACCAACCAAGCAGAUGGACAUAAAAUUUACUGAUAAUGAAGGAAUUUCUGAAGGUGCAGUAGAUCUCGGUCGUCCAAAACGUGAAUUUUUGCGCCUAGUUCUGGAAUACGUUCUGGAUCACAGCGGAAUGUUUGAAGGACCACAAGGAAAAAAAGUUCUUGCUUGCAGUAUUGCAGCACUUAAGGGCAACAGCUACUUCUAUGCUGGACAGCUGAUGGCUAUGUCAAUCAUUCAUGGAGGUCCACCUCCUCAGUUUUUGUCUCCAGUUCUCACUGAGGCACUGAUAUGUGGACCUGAUAAAGUAAUUGUAUCUGCAGAGGAUGUGGCAAACGAAGAAAUCCGUUCACAAAUAAUACUGGUGAGUUGUUAACUUGUUUUUUUCAUUUCUCAAUUUGAUGUAUAUGCAUUAAAGGAGAAAAGCAUAUCCCAGAAUAUUAAAUUUAAACACAAAGAAAAAUGUUUACAGUAGCUACAGUAAUGUUUUGUUAUGAUUUAAAUAUGUAUUAAGAUCAAUCAAUAUGUUAAUAUGUCCCAUAUUUCAAUAACACUCAGGUAGGUGAUCCUGCACUACUGUGGAGCUCGACACCUUGACCAUUUUGUUC